AUGGAAAUUCGCAAUAAUUGGCGUUUACUUAGUAUUCAGAAACGUACGAAAGCCUUCGAGCGUCGCAUGUUCAACUCCAUGGAUUCGUUGCGAGGAAAGUUGAGCGCAGUUCUUUCGAAUAAAGUCAUCGCGCGGGCCGUUGAUAAGUUUAACGCUGAUCGCAAAGGUAUGCUCUUGAUUCCGCUCGUCGCCGCCUUCGUUGGAUGGUUCACGAACUGGCUCGCGGUGAAGAUGAUUUUUUACCCGAUCAAUUUUCUAGGGAUUCCGCUGUUCCAGUACGUCGAAGGCUCGGUGUACGGUUUCGACAUUCUCCAACCGCUCGGUAUCUUGGGCUGGCAAGGCAUCGUGCCGGCGAAAGCCGCGCAAAUGUCUUUGACGAUGGUUACCAUGGUCACCGAGAAGCUCGUGAACGUGCAAGCGGUUUUUAUGCUCCUCGACCCAACGGCGGUGUCCUCUUUACUUCUCACAGAAGUGCCGAAUAUGGCGUCGAAAAUCGCGAGUGAAAUGAUUCCAGAUUGGUCGCUCAAACUCGCCGAGAGCGCAGUGCCGGCGCUGCCAACGCCGACGCUCGGCGAAGUCGGUGGCGUCGUGUCCACUUACUUAUCUGGUUUCGUGACGCUGCUCCAACAGCAAGUCGAUCACGUCAUCGAUUUAAAAGAGCUCGUCGUGACGGCGAUGUGCACCGACCGAGUUGUGCUCGUCGAUUUGUUUCGGCGUUGCGGCGCAGCAGAGCUCGAUUUCCUAGUCAAUAGCGGGUUGUUUUUUGGUUUCUUGCUGGGCGUCAUUCAGAUGGUCGUUUGGGCGUUUUAUGACAACCCGUGGUCAAUCACUAUAGGUGGUAUGAUCGUCGGCUUAUUGACGAACUGGUUGGCACUAAAGUGCAUAUUCGAACCAGUCGAGCCCGUCUUUGUCGGACCGUUUAAGAUACAGGGUUUGUUCUUGCAGCGUCAACACGAGGUGAGCGGUACUUUUAGCGACUACCUCACAGAGAAAGUGCUGAAAAGCGAGAAUAUUUGGAACAAUAUGUUGAAUGGUGACAAAGGACCCGAAUUCAACGCUAUGCUGGAACAGUACACGAAAAAGUUUGUCGUGGAAGAGGCGGCUGCCCGUGGGAUGUCGGUGGCGGAUUUGGACGUUUCAUUGAUCGACGAAGUUUGUCGUAAAGUGGUUGAAAAGCUGCCGGAGCACAUACACGUAUUGCAUGAGUACACGGACGCGACGCUCGGGCUCAAAGAACUCAUGCGUGAACGAAUGAAGUUGAUGACGCCGCAGGAGUUCGAACGCGUGUUACACCCAAUCUUCGAACAGGACGAGUUAACUUUGAUUAUCUCGGGGGCCGUUCUCGGAGCAGCUGCUGGUUACAUUCAACAAAUUUAUAGCGUUAAACCCCCCGCCGAUGAUUAG